GAAGCUGCGAUGGACUGUUGAGGGAAGAGGAAGGUUUUCAAACCCCUGUGGAGUACCGCUUAGAGAACUUGGCAGGAGCAAAGCAACUCUUAAAAGACGGUGCCGAAGAGGAGAAUUCAAGCGAUUUAACGACCUAGGGAAGAGUCAUUGUUGGGACGUGAGGAGCUAGAGAGCUGCGUGCGCUCGGAGCUUUAGAACUUAGGAUUGUGAGAAGGGUCUCAAAAAGGAUUUAGAGAAGGGAGAUGACAGAGAAAAGGAAGUUCCAGUGUACAGAGAAAGCCAUUUUGAGGGUCGAAAGAAGAAAAGGAAAGAACAAAAAGGAGUAAACUUUCUUAACGAGGAGAGACUUUCGGAAAGGAGACAAUUUGUUAAGAGUACUUAAAUUUUUAAGAGUUAACUGUGUAAUAGUAAAUUGCUUUGAGUAGGGUUGGAAUUAAUAUUUAGCAUUAGAAAAAAAUGCUGAGUCGCAUGGUCACUUUUUAGAGAACCUGUACUUGCGAACACUCUCCUGGACUGUACGUAGUCCCCAGAGAAUUAAAAGCCUAAUCCACAUGCAUAGUUUGUUGUUAUUGAGUUGGCGACAGCCUAUUUUCCUCCUCUUUUUUGUGGAAUGGAAAUAAUCUCAGGAGUGAAUUCUCUUUGCUGAGGUCUGAGGACAGCUCUGCUCUCAGUAGGCUGUCUCGGUACUUUCUGGCUGGGGAAGGAUCUGACGUCUCCUUCCCCCGCUUCUUCCUCUCCCUCCCCUGCCGGAGAUCUCCUUUGUUUAUUCGUAGAUGGCUUGUAGGUGACUCUCCAGUGUUGUGCUGAAAUCUUGAAAGGUGGAAAUGCUGUGGCCUUGUCCUUUAUUUCAGCCCAAACUCCUUAUUUAAAAAUUCAGAUACACUGUAUAGAAAAUCUGUUACCUUUAAAAAAAAAAAAAAAUCACGGAGUCUCUGCAUGUCCAAAUGGGAAAAGUAGUAUUAAAUUUUAUCACUCCACUAUCAGUUUGCCUGUGAAGGAACAUAUUUAUUUUGACCUGUGCAUUUUUUAUAAGAUUAUAAUAGUAUCAUUCUUUGUUCUUCUCAUGAGAUAAUUUUCAAAACUUUCCCUCGCUUGAGUGUAUGAAGUUCUUGGUGAUAAGAAAUGGGACUUGAUUUAAAGACAACUACCCCCUUUCACUUCAUUUGUUUGACCAAGUAUGUAAUAAGGUUCUGUUUUCGUUCUUGGGGUGCAUGUGUUUCACAUAGUAUCACUUUGCCUUAUUGAUCUAAAUAAUGCUACAUAGUUGCAGUUUACUUCUAAAGUUUAUGAAUAUUUUAAUUUCUGUCAAAAAUAUAUUCCCAGCGGUGCUUAAUUCUAGUAAGUAAUCAGACAUACAGUUAGUGGAAGUCUAGAUAUUUUAAGUAAAAGACUCCUCUUCUUCCUUACCGUCUUUAGUCAGUUGGUCUUAGGUUUGUGCAUGUUCUAAACAGGCUAAUUUAUCUUUUUUUUACAGGAAUUUUUCAUACUUUCUUAAUGUAUUUUCUUCAGGUGAAUCAAAACAGUCCCAGGAAAUCUGAAUAUUGAAGAAAAUUCAUACGCAUUUUUGAUAUUCAAGGAGGAGUCAGUAUUUAUAUUUAUCUUUUAAACUGGGAAGAUUUAUAUUUUAUUUUAAAACUUCUGAUAUUUACAAUGAAUGGACACAGUGAUGAAGAAAGUGUUAGAAACAGUAGUGGAGACUCAAGCCAGUCGGAUGAUGAUUCUGGGUCAGCUUCAGGCUCUGGAUCUGGUUCGAGCUCUGGAAGCAGUAGUGAUGGAAGCAGUAGCCAGUCAGGUAGCAGUGACUCUGACUCUGGAUCUGAAUCAGGCAGUCAGUCAGAGUCUGAGUCAGACACUUCCCGAGAAAACAAAGUUCAAGCAAAACCACCAAAAGUUGAUGGAACUGAGUUUUGGAAAUCUAGUCCCAGUAUUCUGGCUGUUCAGAGAUCUGCAAUGCUCAAGAAGCAGCAGCAACAGCAGCAGCAACGUCGAGCUUCAUCUGAUAGUGGAUCAGAAGAGGAGUCCUCUAGCAGUGAAGAUUCUGAUGACUCAUCAAGUGAGAUCAAAAGGAAAAAGCAUAAAGAUGAAGAUUGGCAAAUGUCUGGUUCAGGAUCUCCAUCUCAGUCUGGUUCAGAUUCAGAAUCUGAGGAAGAAAGAGACAAAAGCAGUUGUGAUGAAACGGAAUCUGAUUAUGAGCCAAAAAACAAAGUCAAGAGCAGAAAACCUCAAAAUAGAACAAAGUCAAAAAAUGGGAAGAAGAUUCCUGGACAAAAAAAGAGACAGAUUGAUUCAUCUGAGGAUGAUGAUGAUGAAGAAGAUUAUGAUAAUGACAAAAGAAGUUCCCGUCGCCAGGCAACUGUCAAUGUUAGCUAUAAAGAAGAUGAAGAAAUGAAAACAGAUUCUGAUGACUUACUCGAAGUUUGUGGAGAAGAUGUUCCUCAACCUGAAGAAGAAGAGUUUGAAACAAUAGAAAGGUUUAUGGAUUGUCGAAUUGGAAGAAAAGGAGCUACUGGUGCUACAACAACCAUCUAUGCAGUUGAAGCAGAUGGUGACCCAAAUGCAGGAUUUGAAAAAAACAAGGAACCGGGAGAAAUCCAGUAUUUAAUUAAAUGGAAAGGAUGGUCCCAUAUCCAUAAUACUUGGGAGACAGAAGAAACCCUUAAGCAGCAGAAUGUUAGAGGAAUGAAAAAAUUGGAUAAUUAUAAGAAAAAAGAUCAGGAAACAAAAAGAUGGUUAAAAAAUGCAUCUCCAGAAGAUGUGGAAUAUUAUAAUUGCCAGCAAGAACUUACAGAUGAUCUACACAAACAGUAUCAAAUAGUGGAGCGAAUAAUUGCUCAUUCCAAUCAAAAAUCAGCAGCUGGUUAUCCUGAUUAUUAUUGCAAAUGGCAGGGCCUUCCAUACUCAGAGUGCAGCUGGGAAGAUGGAGCUCUCAUUUCCAAAAAGUUUCAAGCAUGUAUAGAUGAGUAUUUUAGCAGAAAUCAAUCAAAAACCACUCCUUUUAAAGAUUGUAAAGUAUUAAAACAAAGGCCAAGGUUUGUAGCCCUGAAGAAGCAACCAUCCUAUAUUGGAGGACAUGAGGGUUUAGAAUUAAGAGAUUAUCAACUGAAUGGUUUAAAUUGGCUUGCUCAUUCUUGGUGCAAAGGAAAUAGUUGCAUACUUGCUGAUGAAAUGGGCCUUGGAAAAACAAUACAGACAAUCUCAUUUCUGAAUUAUUUGUUUCACGAACAUCAGUUAUACGGACCUUUUCUGUUAGUAGUUCCACUCUCUACUCUCACUUCCUGGCAAAGGGAGAUUCAGACAUGGGCAUCUCAAAUGAAUGCUGUGGUUUAUUUAGGUGACAUUAACAGCAGAAAUAUGAUAAGAACACAUGAAUGGAUGCAUCCCCAGACUAAGAGGUUAAAAUUUAAUAUACUGUUAACAACUUAUGAAAUUUUAUUGAAGGAUAAGGCAUUCCUUGGAGGUCUGAAUUGGGCAUUUAUAGGUGUAGAUGAAGCACAUCGAUUAAAGAAUGAUGACUCCCUUCUGUAUAAAACUUUAAUAGACUUUAAGUCCAAUCACCGUCUCCUUAUCACUGGAACUCCUCUACAAAACUCCCUCAAAGAGCUGUGGUCUUUGCUGCAUUUCAUUAUGCCAGAAAAGUUUUCUUCCUGGGAAGAUUUUGAAGAAGAACACGGCAAAGGGAGAGAGUAUGGUUAUGCCAGUCUCCACAAGGAGCUUGAGCCAUUCCUAUUACGCAGAGUUAAGAAAGAUGUGGAAAAAUCUCUUCCUGCCAAGGUUGAACAGAUUUUACGAAUGGAAAUGAGUGCUUUACAGAAACAAUAUUACAAAUGGAUUUUAACUAGAAAUUACAAAGCCCUCAGUAAAGGUUCCAAGGGCAGUACCUCAGGCUUUUUGAACAUUAUGAUGGAGCUAAAGAAAUGUUGUAACCAUUGCUACCUCAUUAAACCACCAGAUAAUAAUGAAUUCUAUAAUAAACAGGAGGCCUUACAACACUUAAUCCGAAGUAGUGGAAAAUUGAUCCUUCUCGACAAGCUGUUAAUUCGCCUAAGAGAACGAGGCAAUAGAGUUCUUAUUUUUUCUCAAAUGGUGCGGAUGUUAGAUAUACUUGCAGAAUAUUUGAAAUAUCGUCAAUUCCCAUUUCAAAGAUUAGAUGGAUCAAUAAAAGGGGAGCUGAGAAAACAGGCUCUGGAUCAUUUUAAUGCUGAAGGAUCAGAGGAUUUCUGCUUUUUGCUUUCCACAAGAGCUGGAGGCCUAGGAAUUAACUUAGCCUCUGCUGACACUGUUGUUAUAUUUGAUUCUGAUUGGAAUCCACAAAAUGAUCUUCAGGCACAGGCUAGAGCUCAUCGAAUUGGGCAGAAGAAACAGGUGAAUAUUUAUCGUCUAGUUACAAAGGGGUCAGUGGAAGAGGAUAUUCUUGAAAGAGCCAAAAAGAAAAUGGUUUUAGAUCAUCUCGUGAUUCAAAGAAUGGACACAACUGGGAAGACAGUACUACACACAGGUUCUGCCCCUUCAAGUUCUACUCCUUUUAAUAAAGAAGAGUUAUCAGCCAUUUUAAAGUUUGGUGCCGAAGAACUUUUUAAAGAACCUGAGGGAGAAGAACAAGAGCCCCAGGAAAUGGAUAUAGAUGAAAUCUUGAAGAGGGCUGAAACUCAUGAAAAUGAACCAGGCCCAUUAACUGUUGGAGAUGAAUUACUUUCCCAGUUCAAGGUUGCCAACUUUUCAAAUAUGGAUGAGGAUGACAUUGAGUUGGAACCUGAAAGAAAUUCAAAGAAUUGGGAGGAAAUCAUUCCAGAAGAUCAAAGAAGACGAUUAGAAGAGGAAGAAAGGCAAAAGGAACUUGAAGAAAUUUACAUGCUGCCAAGAAUGAGAAAUUGUGCAAAACAGAUCAGUUUCAAUGGAAGUGAAGGGAGACGCAGUAGAAGUAGGAGAUACUCUGGAUCUGAUAGUGAUUCAAUCUCAGAAAGGAAAAGACCAAAGAAACGUGGAAGACCAAGGACUAUCCCUCGGGAGAAUAUUAAAGGAUUUAGUGAUGCUGAAAUUAGGCGGUUUAUCAAGAGUUACAAGAAGUUUGGUGGCCCUCUGGAAAGAUUAGAUGCAAUUGCUCGAGAUGCUGAACUAGUUGAUAAGUCAGAGACAGACCUCAGACGCCUGGGAGAAUUGGUACAUAAUGGUUGCAUUAAAGCUUUAAAGGAUAGUUCUUCAGGGACGGAACGAACAGGCGGUAGGCUCGGAAAAGUGAAGGGUCCAACAUUCCGAAUAUCAGGAGUACAGGUGAACGCGAAGCUAGUCAUCUCCCAUGAAGAAGAGUUAAUACCAUUGCACAAGUCCAUUCCUUCAGAUCCAGAGGAAAGAAAGCAGUAUACUAUCCCAUGCCAUACAAAGGCAGCUCAUUUUGAUAUAGACUGGGGCAAAGAAGAUGAUUCCAAUUUGUUAAUUGGUAUAUACGAAUAUGGAUAUGGAAGCUGGGAAAUGAUUAAAAUGGAUCCUGACCUCAGUUUAACACACAAGAUUCUCCCAGAUGAUCCUGAUAAAAAACCACAAGCAAAGCAGUUGCAGACACGCGCAGACUACCUCAUCAAAUUACUUAGUAAAGAUCUUGCAAGAAAAGAAGCUCAGAGACUUUCUGGCACAGGAGGUUCAAAGAGAAGAAAAGCAAGAGCUAAGAAGAAUAAAGCAAUGAAGUCUAUAAAAGUGAAAGAAGAAAUAAAGAGUGAUUCUUCCCCCCUGCCCUCAGAAAAGUCUGAUGACGAUGACGAUAAGAAUGAGGUCACUUCUGUGAAACAUCCAAAUAAAAAAGUUAAAACAGAAAGAGACAGUGAAGAAAAACAUCAGCCAGAUGUUUGUAUAAAGAAGGAACCAGAAGAAAAAAGGGAAGCAAAAGAAAAGGAGAAUAAAAGAGAACUUAAAAGGGAGAUAAAAGAAAAAGAGGAUAAGAAAGAUAUAAAGGAAAAAGAUUUUAAAGAAAAAAGAGAAACCAAAGUAAAAGAAGCUAUGCAGAAAGAAAAAGACAUAAAGGAAGAAAAGUUGAGUGAAUGCAAGUCUGAUAGCAAGGAAAGAUCUAAAAAAACUUCAACAUCAGAUACUCCAGUUCAUAUCACUGCGAGUGGUGAACCAGUUCCCAUAGCUGAAGAAUCUGAAGAGCUGGAUCAGAAGACAUUCAGCAUUUGUAAAGAAAGAAUGAGGCCUGUCAAAGCAGCUUUGAAACAACUUGAUAGGCCUGAGAAAGGUCUUUCAGAAAGAGAACAACUGGAACAUACUAGACAGUGUUUAAUAAAAAUUGGAGACCAUAUCACGGAAUGUCUGAAAGAGUAUACAAAUCCUGAACAAAUUAAGCAGUGGCGAAAAAACCUGUGGAUUUUUGUAUCUAAGUUUACUGAAUUUGAUGCAAGAAAAUUACACAAAUUAUAUAAGCAUGCUAUUAAAAAACGGCAGGAAUCUCAGCAAAACAGUGACCAGAACAGCAUCUUGAAUGCUCACAUGAUUAGAAAUCCAGAUGUGGAAAGAUUAAAAGAGAACACAAAUCAUGAUGAUAGCAGCAGGGACAGUUACUCAUCUGAUAGACAUCUGAUAUCUCAGUAUCACGAUCAUCACAAAGACCGACAUCAGGGAGAUUCUUACAAAAAGAGUGAUUCCAGGAAAAGGCCCUAUUCUUCUUUUAGUAAUGGUAAAGAUCAUCGUGAUUGGGAUCACUAUAAACAAGACAGCAGAUACUACAAUGAUAGAGAGAAACACAGAAAACUGGAUGAUCACAGGAGUAGAGAUCACAGAUCAAAUUUGGAAGGAAGUUUCAAAGAUAGACCUCAUUCUGAUCAUCGUUCUCAUGCAGACCAUCGGUUACAUUCAGACCACCGGUCAAGUUCUGAAUACACACACCAUAAAUCUACCAGGGAUUAUAGGUACCACUCAGAUUGGCAAAUGGACCACAGAGCUUCCAGUAGUGGCCCUAGGUCACCACUAGAUCAGAGGUCUCCGUAUGGCUCCAGAUCUCCGUUUGAACACUCAGUUGAACACAAAAGUACUCCUGAGCAUACCUGGAGUAGUCGGAAAACAUAACAAAAACUGAUACUUUGUCUUUCUGGACUUUUAGCCAUAUAUCAUAAACCAACACAGUAAUUGCCUUACAUGACUUGAAAGAUAUAAACAGAUCUUCUAUCAGUAGCAGUAUUGUUACUUCUUUCCAGGAUGCAAGGUCUAUUAUCCCAACAGAAGAGAAAAUAUUUUUAUAUUUAAGGAUUAUGCUGCACUGUACUACAAAUAUUGUGGUACUUUUUUUUUUUUUCUUUCUUUUUUAAAGAAAUGGAAAAUGUUUACUAUUACAGGGACCUCAACACUGCCCUCCCAUAUAGGCUGGAUAAAACUGUUUUUAAGUCAGUGAUUUUUGACUGACCUCCAUUUAAAUUAUGUUUGUAUAUGAACUGUACACUCUGACCUGUGAUCAUGUUUCAGGAAGGAAUGAAAGAGAGUUCUUUUCUUAAUAAAGAAAAAACACUCAAGGACUUUGUUCACUUUCCAAAGCUACUUGUUUACAUUGUACACUGCGACCACCUUGCCGCUUUUCAUCACAAGCUUGAAUAUUUAAAUUCUGUACUUAUAUCUGUAAAAUAGCCAGGAAUUUCCUGUUUGUGAUCUAUUAUGCCUUUUUACAAAAAAAAAAAAAAUGGCUGUAAAUUAUUGUAAAUGGAUUAAAUGAGCUUUCCUUACUUCCUUUCCCUUCUCAGGCUUUUUUUGACUGUUCCUUUCCCUACCAACUCAGGCCUUCUAAUCAUUAAAAAAAAAAAAAAAAAAAUCAGUGUAAUAACACUUUUUAAUGAUUUGUCUUGAUGGAAUCAUUGUUUAGAAUGUAAAAAUGGGGAAAGGGGCCACUUAAUUCCAUUAAUCCUCCUUUUAUAUUGAAUAUUUUAUUAGAUACAUGUUAACUCUUCCUCUUUUUUUUUUUUCUCUUUUUUAGUCGAUUGUGCUUAUAGUAACAAAAUGGUGAGUUGGUAUGUAAAAUCCAAACUGCAUGCUCUGGAAACAUUUUUUUCAGAUGCAUUUGGUUUAAAAGGGUAGGUAUAUGAACACUUUCAGAAUCCAGAACAGCCGAAAGUUAUUGUAAAAUCCAUUUGUUUUCCCUUUUCAUGUGGGCAAUAAUGUCAAAUGUGCUAUGCAGCCAGGUAACCUUUUAGAUAAACUUGAUUGACUUUUAAUAUAAACUGUUACAAUGCACACUGAUUGUAUAUAAAAACCUUAUAUAUGGCAAAUUAAAUUUAAGAAAAAGGA